AUUGCAAAUUCCCCGGUUGCUUGUCACAUCACGUUUCAGGCAGGUCUCGCUCCCUUCUUCUCCUCCCUCAACAGUCUCUGGCUGCGGCGGUAUCACCACAGCCACUCCCGCCUCUCCGUCGGUCGCUUUCCGGUUCAUAUUGCCGUCUUCUACCCUAACUUCCUGCGUACAAUGGAGGAGGGAGGUAAGAUGUUAGAGGCCAGUUUGACGGAGGACGAGUAUGGAGAUAUUGAGAUGCUUGAUGCCGAGGAGGGUGAGUUAGUCGACCCCGAUUCCAUGAAUGAUCAGAGGCAGUCCAGUGCCGAUGAUUCCAAGGGUUUGAAGCAAGAGAAGGGAAGUAAAAAUCGCAGGCGGAGGGCCAACAAGAAGAAGAAUAAGAGGAAGAGGAGUGGCCCAGAGACUAAUGUCACGGAUAUUAACAGAUUUGUUAUUGAUACUUGUAAAAGACUUAGGGAAAAGAAGUCCUACAUGGUGUACACUGCUGUUGGUUGUCUCGGGGUUUCUGCAUUGAGUGAUAUUGUCAGAGAGGUUGAUGCAAUUCAGGCUUGUGGGGGUCAGGUAACUGCUGAUGGGAAACGCCAAAGAACAGGCGGAGGGAUACUCUGGGGCAUCAUCAAAGUAAGAGAACCAAAUGCCUAUAGAGAAAUCAUGAAGAGGGCAAAGGAAUUUGAGAAGCAAUUUAAGCCACAGAAUCCCGCACUUGCAGCAGGGCAAGGAAAUAAGGCAUCUCCCAAUCCAACCUCAGAGGGAAAUCCUGCCAGUAAUCCCGAGGCUUCUGAUAGUUCACCUCAUGUAGAAAGUCAAGGUGGGCACUUCUGUAGUGAAGAGACUCGAAAACCCAUCAAGGAUCGUAUGAGAGUCCCAGUCUCGUACGAGGACAUAGUAGGUGAUGCAGAGGGAGCAGAGUGAAAUUUGCAUCCACCGAGGUUUGACUUAUUGUACGGUUGUGGAGCUAUAAUUUGAGCCGAUUCGUAUUCUCUAGUUAUGGGAGAGUUUGGGGAAUCGCCUGAGGAGAAGUGCAUUUCUAUACUGCAACUUUGGUGGCUGAGUUACUGUUUCUUUGCUCUAGUUUGCCUUUUGUGCAUAGGAUGUACAUUUUGACCAUUACUAUGUCAUCUUUUCGGUUUUAUCAGAGGAAAAGAGGGAUAACACAUAAUUUACAGUAGAGGAAUUUUACCCGUUUUGACAUUUGAUGAUUCGAUGUGAUGAGAUUUGGUGAACUCAAAUUUCUGCCUGUAAACAUCUAACAAAUGAUCUCUUCUCAUGCA